GAAGCUGCUCGGCUUUGGAGCCGCCGCCGCUGCUGCUGCUGCUGCUCACACCGCGGGCAGCUGGAGAGCGCUGCUUCCCUUCACCCAUCUCCUCCCCUUCACCCAUCCACACAUCUUCUCCCUUCCAUCUUCGCCCAGAAAUGGAUUGCUAGUCUAAAGUGCAAUGGAUGAAGAAUGAUGGAAACGAUUUAUUCCAUCCUCCUGCUCCUGCCGGCUCUCCACUCCCCGGCGAUAGCGAUAGCGAGAGCGGACAAGAAAUUCGGCUGCUUCUUCGAAGCUGACGUAUGCAACCCCUAUGAGAUUUGCGUAAACGAUGGAAUAUUCGGGAGGUGUCAGCUGGUCACGGCGAUAGACGUAUACAAAUACGAAGUUUCGCCGGACGAUCUACAGCGCCUCCGCGAUUUCCUGCAGGAACUGUCCCUCAAAGGUUUAAUGUGGCACGAUGACGCGAUGCAGCAGGUAAUUGCGAAAGAACUUUCCAGUCUCCACCUGACCCGUCACCUGCAUCCUGAAGCUGGUUCUCCAGACAGCUUGAGGGCUACGAAGGAAAAGAUGCCAAGUGAGGAAAAGUAUAAAGAGGCAGACGAUGGCGACCUGCAAAGAUUCAAGUCCCUUCAUCAAUAUAUUCACCUUCUCAACGCUCUCUCCCAGCCCGAUAAUCCCAUGCCAUUUCAUAAGACCAGAACUGACAAGCAGAGUGAGUCCAUUCAGCCUGGGUUCUCCUCGCAAGAGCUCCUGCAUAGAAUCCGAGGGGUAGCACCAUCAGACUUUUACCUUGCUUCCCACCACCUGUACAGUGGUCAGGAGCACCAGCAGUUCUUCAUCCCAGCACAACAGCAGGACCCUCCCGGGAGCGGAGCGCUUGGCAAGGCACAACUGGCAGCGUUGCUGGAGGAUUACAUGGCAGCUCAGUCAGCCGAGGGGGCAAACCGCUUGCCGGUCAAACCAGACCUCCAGACAAAGGGAGCUUUGGCUGCACCAAGGAUCGAACAGCAGGAAGGUGCAAACCAGGCCAGAAGCAGGCUGCUGGACACUGAUGUGGAUGACCAUCGCCUAGGAAUGAAGGAGGAAAGGAUGCCGUACAGACCCAGUGCCAGUAGGAGCAGUGGAAAAGACCCCUUAAGUCACCUGGAUGAGAACUUAAUUCAGACUGUGGUCCAGCGAAUGGCGGCAGAACACGUGGAUCUGGACGACAUGACUUCCAACCAGCUGGACGCAUUGUCCAGCGUCAUAGCCGAUGCCCUUCAGGUUGUGGACGAUGACAAGACCGACGAGGAGGACCAAAGCCAGCGAGAAGCCCAGCAGAAGGGAGAAGAGAAAACCUUCAAUAGGGAUGAGAUUGACCAGGGAAAACAAACUGGUGACAUAAAUGAAAGGAUCUCUCUACAGAGUAAUUUUCACAAUACAGAGGAGAUGAGCAGUGAAGAGAAGCAAAGUCUUAAUGAAGUUCUGGGUCUUGAGCCCUUGUUCAUCAACUCUCAUGGGAACCAAGUCAAAAGAUAUGGCUUCUUAUCCAGUGGAACUGUUGGAUUAGAGAACGUGAAAAGCAACACUAUCACCAGAGAGGUGUCCAAUGCCAGGAAGUCCAAAAGUGGCAUUGUUGGCUUAGAAGAUGGGUCAGACUUUGAUGAUCGGGAGGUUGAUGAGAUUAUUAUGUACAAGGAAUCUCAGAAGAAAAAUUCUCAGCAUGGGGACUUGCGCCUGGACAUAGAAUCCACAAAAAGCGACCUGUGUGGAUAUAUUGUGACAAAGCAAAACCCCCUGAGUGUAGAGAAAGGCCUGGAAUUGAUGGAAGAUUUGGCUCGUCUUCUGAAACUGCAGAUGAAUGUCUUCAGCGACGUCAAUGUGAUAGGACCAGCCGUGACCUUCCAAGUUGAUGUCAACAGUCAAAACCUGUCAACAGCUGAUGUAGUGGACAUUGCAGUGGCCAACAAAGAAAAACUGGAAAAAGAAACGGGAUUAAAAAUCUUACAAACUGGCGUGGGGGAGAAGAGCAAGCUGCGUGCAUCCCCCCACUGGGCCAACGAGGAGGACUCGACCAAGUUUAUUGUCUUAACGAUUAUCUCCAUCGUCUGCAUCAUCGGGGUACUUAUUGCAUCAGGGAUCAUCUAUUGCCUGAGGCAUCGUUCUCACCACAAGCUGAAGGAGAAGUUGAGCGCGCUGGGACAUGAUGCCACGGUCAGCUCGGAUGCCACCAACGCCUACCAGGAGCUGUGCCGCCAGCGGAUGGCGAUCAAGACGUCGGAACGGCAGGAGACGGCCCACGCCUCUCGCAUCAACAGCGUCUCCUCUCAGUUCAGCGACGGCCCCCAGCCCAGCCCCUCCACGCGGAGCAGCACCUCGUCCUGGUGUGAGGAGCCUGUCCAGUCCAACAUGGACAUCUCCACCGGACACAUGAUACUGUCCUACAUGGAGGAUCACCUGAGAAACAAGAACCGUCUGGUGAAAGAAUGGGAAGCUCUGAGCGCUUACCAGGCAGAGCCCAACAACAGCAGCAUCGCGGACCAAGAGGAGAAUGAAAAGAAGAACAGGACUCGUGUGGUGGUGCCAUAUGAUCACUCCAGAAUAACGCUCAAGGCUGAAUUGAGUCAUUCGAACUCUGACUACAUCAACGCAAGCCCUAUUAUGGACCAUGAUCCCAGGAACCCCGCCUACAUCGCUUCUCAAGGACCACUUCCUGCCACGGUGGCUGAUUUUUGGCAGAUGGUUUGGGAGAACGGCUGUGUGGUUAUCGUCAUGCUGACACCCUUAACGGAAAAUGGAGUCAAGCAAUGCCACCAUUAUUGGCCAGACGAAGGUUCAAACCUCUAUCACAUCUAUGAGGUCAACCUGGUCUCGGAGCACAUCUGGUGCGAAGACUUCCUGGUGCGCAGCUUUUACCUCAAGAACCUCCAGACCAACGAGACCCGCACGGUGACGCAGUUCCACUUCCUAAGCUGGUUUGACCUGGCUGUGCCCUCGUCCACCCGCACCCUCCUGGACUUCCGCAGAAAAGUGAACAAGUGCUACAGGGGACGCUCCUGUCCGAUAAUCGUUCACUGCAGUGAUGGGGCUGGAAGAACUGGGACCUACAUUCUGAUUGACAUGGUUCUGAAUAGGAUGGGCAAAGGUGCUAAGGAGAUUGAUAUAGCUGCUACACUGGAACAUCUGCGAGAUCAGAGACCCAUGAUGGUACAGACUAAGGAGCAGUUUGAGUUUGCGCUGACGUCGGUAGCUGAGGAGGUGAACGCUAUCCUGAAGGCCCUUCCGCAGUGAGAAGCCACCAGAGAUCGCAUCUCCUGGUUCCAACACCUUAAUCCUGCUGGUCUCCAUGACUGUUGUAGAAACGUGCUCUGAUCUUAGCUGUGUAACUUUUUACAUUAACAACUUUAGAAAGUGUGUCCCUUCAACAUCUGUAUUUGAUGCAAUUCUUAGCUCAAAACAAUAAUCUCUGAACGGUUUCAAAGUAGGAGGAACUAAGUGUUUGUAUAUAUACUUUUUUGGGACAGGACAGAACUAGAAACAAUAGCCCACAAAGGAGAUAAUCUGGAAUCACACAGAUUUUAGUCAUAGAACAUAGAAUAUAGUACAACACAGGAACAGACCCUUCGGCCCAUGAUGUCUUUGCUGAACAUGAUGCCAAAUUGACUUUAAUUCCUGCUGCCUACACAUUAUCUACACUCAUCCAAUCAUUAGCAAAUUUGAAGUAUUUUGCAAAAGGAACCUUUUAAUUUUUUAUUAAUUUCAGUGUUAGACCAAAAUAUGGCGAGGCUUCUCAGUAUUAUUUUCACAGUAUAUUAAAUCAGUUGAUGAAUCUGAUUGGUAUUUCAUAAUACUCAUGUGAUUCCAGCUCUGCAAGAAGUAAUCUCACCAUUGUGCCACAGUAUCUGACCUCACACAAAAGGAGUGCAACUUGCAGCUGUGGUCCCGUCUAGUAGGCAAUAGACAAUAGGUGCAGGAAUAGGCCAUUCGGCCCUUCGAGCCAGCACUGCCAUUCAAUGUGAUCAUGGCUGAUCAUCAUCAAUCAGUACCACGUUCCUGCCUUCUCACCAUAUCCCUUAACUCAUGGCUAACUCUCUCCUGAAAGUAUCCAGAGAACCAGCCUCCACCGCCCUCUGAGGCAGAGAAUUCCACAGACUCACAACUCUCUUUGUGAAAAAGUGUUUUCCCAUCUCUGUUCUAAAUGGCUUACCCCUUAUUCUUAAACUAUGGCCCCUGGUUCUGGACUCCCCCAACAUUGGGAACACGUUUCCUGACUCUUGUGUGUCCAAACCCUUAAUAAUCUUAUAUGCUUCAAUAAGAUGACCUCUCAUCCUUCUAAAUUCCAGAGUAAACAAGCCCAGCCGCUCCAUUCUAUCAACAUAUGACAGUCCCGCCAUCCAGGGAAUUAACCUUGUGAACCUACGCUGCACUCCCUCAAUAGCAAGAAUGUCCUUCCUCAAGUUUGAAGACCAAAUCUGCACACAAAACUCACACAAGUCCAUUGUUGCAUAACUAUGCUUAUCUAUCCUGGGAGUUGACCACUGGUAAUUAUUUCAAAUGCAGCUCUGACACACAAAAUAAGAUGUGUAGGAAGGAACCGCAGAUGUUGGUUUAAACCAAAGAUAGACACAAAAAGGUGGAGCAACUUAACGGGUCAGACCUGAAGAAGGGUCUCGACCCAAAACAUCACCUAUUCCUUUUCUCCUGAGAUGUUGCCUUAACACACAAAAUAUGAUCUUUGGAAUACUUGAAAGGAUACUUUUUAGCAAGGAAGUUGAUAACAGAGUUGGAUAAUUUAAGGAGAUUCUACAAUUGGUUAUAUGUGGAGGUUCUCCUUUCCUUAGAGAGAUACAGAUUCAGAUUCAGAUUCAGAUUCAAUUUUAAUUGUCAUUGUCAGUGUACAGUACAGAGACAACGAAAUGCAUUAACCUGUAAACGUUUAUGUCUUUGGAGUGUGGGAGGAAACCGGAGCACCCGGGGAUAACCCACAUGGUCACAGGGAGAACGUGCAAAUUCCAUACUGACAGCACCCCAUAGUAUCUGGCACUGUAAAGCAGCAACUCUACCGAUGCACUACUGUUGCACUACUGUAAAUAAGAUAGCAAUCUAUCUUGCCAAACCUUGCCAAACAAAAGGACACAAAGCGCUUGAGUAACUCAGCAGGUCAGGUAGUAUAUCCAGAGAACAUGGAUAGGUGACGCUUCGGGUCAAGACGUCACCUAUCACAGAUCCAUGUUCUCCAGGGAUGCUGCCAAACCUGGUUUUUAGUCCUAGCACCUUCCAAGACUCCCCAAUGCCCGAGAUUAUAGAUUCACUCUGUAGUGAUUCCGUGCCAUUGUAGUUCAUAAGUUCAUAAGUGAUAGCAGAGUUAGGCCAUUCGGCCCAUCAAGUCUACUCCGCCAUCCAAUCAUGGUUGAUCUAUCACUCCUUCUUAACCCCAUUCUCCUGUCUUCUCCCCAUAAAUCCUGACACCCCUAUUAAUCAAGAUUCUAUCUAUCUCCGCCUUAAAAAUAUCCAUUGACUUGGCCUCCAAAACCCUCUGUGGCAAAGAAUUCCACAGAUUCACCACACUCUGACUGAAGAAAUCCUCAUUAUCUCCUCCUUAAAGGAACAUCCUUAAUUGCUGAGGCAGACCUCUGGCAUAGUCCUUCUCACGAGUAGAAACAUCAUCUCCACAUCAAUUCGAUCCAGCCCUUUCAAUAUUCGGCAAGCUUCAAUGAGCCCCCCUCACCCUCUAUUGUAACCAUGCUCCCAAUCCUUUAUGUUGGAAUCUCUCUGUUCCUCCUGUGAAUUUUUCAAUGUCUGAUUUAGGCAGACAAACUACAGUCACUGCUGGUCACAUAAGCAAAAAAUAUUAAUUCAAAUAUGAUUUUGGACUUAUAGUUAGCCAAAGGCAAGCAGUGAGUGAAUUUGUAGCAUUUCCUUGGUUUUGAAUUAUUUCAUUCUUUGCUUAUGUAAUGUUUGAUUCCUCAGUUCUCAGAAAUAUCUUGCCUAGGAUAUAUUCAUUGGGAGAGUGUAAUUGCUCAUUUCAGCCUAGGAUAAUAAAUAAGGCUGAGAACUGCGCACGGCAUGAGUCCAGUGAUUCAUCCCUUAUCCAGUGUCAAACAGAACUACAGCACUUUAUCUCCUUUGCUGCUGUGUUAACUGCAGAAUGGAGGGGACAAUAUAAUAAUGGUACUUUUCGAACUCAGAAUAAAUCCCUGACAUUUCGCAAACAAAUGAACAUGGUCAGCGGAGUGAGGGGGGUGGUUAAGUCUGUGGGAAAGCGUAGCUUUCUUUCAAUCUGGCUUUCAUAGACACAGUGAAAAAGUGAGUGUGCUUGUCUGAGCUUAAUGUCAAUGGAACCUCAGGAUCCCUGCAGUCUUUGCUCAACUAAUAGUCUUCAAUUCUUCUUUGGUUGCAAUAAGUGAGAUAUAUCUCUCUUGUGUGGCUGGCAUCUUCAUUGGGAGAAGUAUUUGUUACAGCAGGGCGGCACAGUGGCGCAGGGGUAGUGUAGCUACCUCACACUGCCAGAGACCCAGGUUUGAUCCUGACUACAGGUGCUGUCUGUGUGGAGCCUGUAUGCUCUCCCUGUCACUGAGUGGGUUUUCCCUGGGUGCUCCGGUUUCCACACACAAUCCAAAGAUGUGCAGGUUUGUAGGUUGAUUGGCGUCUGUAAAUAGUCCCUAGUGCAUAGGAUAGAACUAGUGUACGGGUGAUCGCUGGUCAGCAUGGACACAGUGGGCCAAAGAACCCGUUUCCACAUUGUAUCUCUAAACUAAACUAAACACUACUCCUGAUACAAGCUGUGAGUUUGAAUCCAACAUAGAUUCAUGAGCGAGUCUUAUGCUGACUCAUGAGUCCUAAGGCCAGCACCACUUAGUCUUGAUGGUCAGAAGUCCAUCACAAAGAAGUGAUCAUGGUAGGACAUCUGCUGGGUGCAACACAGCAGUCCAAAAGAUCAAGGGUAUUAAAGUGAAGGUGCAGGAUAUUGAAUCUGCAGAAUUUUGGAGAGUUCCCACGCCUGCGUUAUAGGUGAAACACAAAAUGAUCGAUGUCAGCGGGUCAGGCAGCUGCUGUGGAGGGAAUGGAGAGACAACGUUAUGGGUUGGGACCCUUCCUCAGACCGAAGAAGGCUCCCGACCCAAAACAUUGUCUGUUCAUUCCCGUCACAGAUGCUGCCUGACUGCUGAGAUAUUCCAGUACUUUGUGUUUUGCUCAAGAUUCCAGCAUCUGCAGUUCCCUGUGUUUCCAUGCAUUCCAGCUGGUGUCGAGUGAACGCCUGCAUACACACCCAAAACAUCACAUCGUACAUUUUGUAAGGAGAGUUUUGGGCUCAUUCCUACCCUCCCCCACCCCCCUGCCCACUUCAACCUAUGCACUUGCCCCUGAGUAUGGCACAUCGCACUGGUGUAGUACUGAGAGCACAGUUGUGAGUCCGUAUACACUGACCAAGUAAUGCAGAGCGAGCAAUCACUUUGCAUCCGCUUUAUACCAAUGUGGUCCAAUGCUGCUUAUUGUGGAGGCACCAUGACAGGGCCUUUAAUCUUCAGCCGUGUACGGAAACGGCUGGCACAUUGUGCCGAAGAAAACAAAGCAAAAUUCAACCCAAAUGCAUACAUUCUUGCCUCCCAGGCUCUGUCCCGUCCCACUCAAGAUGACUUGACCUCAACCCAUCCAUUUGAGGAGUUUCCCACUUCAGAUCGAGUUUCUAUCGUGGACGUGUGGUUAGAAAUACUAAGUGUUUUACUUUAUUCAAUUCUGAGAUCUACUACAGUCUGUUGCAGAUUUGAUGUUGAAACAGAAUAUAUAGUCUUUGUCUGUAAAUAGUCCUAGUUAUAUAAGACAUCACAUAUACAAAUCUAUUUUAAUUCUUUUGGCUUCAUGAAGACAGCAUUUCUUUCAGACUCACUUGUUGGUUCAUUUUGUGUUGAAUAGCCUAAUGCUCGCUUCUUAUUGAUCUUUCCUUUUAUUCAAUAAAUGAUCUGCUUUAUUUCAUAAAAUAGAACCAAUUUUAUUUGCUCGAUGAAGUCCAAAUUCGCGGUGAGUGUCAGCUAUCGACAAUUAGCCAUGGGUGCGGCUGGGUCAUUUUCAGUGCUUUCCAGUUCCACAUACUGUUGUACAACCAGCUUAGAGUCAUUGAGUCAGAGUCAUGCAGCAUGGAAACAGGCCUUCAACCCAACUUGCCCACACUGACCAACAUGUCCCAUCUACACUAGUCCCUCCUGCCUGUGUUUGGCCAAUAUCCCUCUAAACCUAUCCUAUCCAUGUACCUGUCUAAAUGUUUCUUAAACAUUGCAAUAUUGCCUGCCUCAACUACCUCCUCUGGCAGCUGGUUCCAUAUAACCCACCACCCUUUGUAUGAAAAAGUUACCCCUCAAAUUCCUUUUAAAUCUUUCCCUCCUUCUUAAACCUAUGUCCUCUGGCUCUCAAUUCCCCUACUCUGGGCAAGAGACUCUGUGCGUCCACCCGAUCGAUUCCUCUCAUAAUAUUAGACACCUCUAUUAGAUCACCCUUCAUCUUCCUGCGCUCCAAGGAAUAGAAUCCCAGCCUGCACAACCUCUCCCUGUAGCUCAGACCCUCGAGUCCUGGCAACAUUGUUGUAAAACGAUAGACUUGUUAUUUUUCCUAAGAAUUACUCAUGCAUCAUGGCAUGAGCAUUUCAAUUACAUUUUGAGUGCAUUCUUCAUUCACACUGGGAUGAAAAAGAAGCAGUAAUUAUUUUCUGCUGUUGACCUAUGAUGUCUUUAUCAGAUCGCCCAUCCACUACACAUAAUGUCAAACCCAUUUCCAAUGGGACCAAAUAUUUUAAUGAUAAACACCGAACUGAACCAAAGAAGGAUGUCAAAUCUUUGAUAUUAUUUUCUAAAUAAAAGUAAUUCAAUUAUUUCCUGAAGUACACAGAUACAAUCAUCAAUUUUGCACAGUUUUGAUCAUCGGAUAGGAUUUCCAUAAUUUUUUAACGGUGGCACAAUGGCGCAACAGUAGAGUUGCUGCCUACAGCGCCGGAGACCAGUUUCAAUCCUGACCGCGUGUGCUGCCUGUACGGAGUUUGUACAUUCUCCUUGUGCAAGGGUUUUCUCCGGGUCCUCCGGUUUCCUCCCACAUUCCAAAGACCUGCAUGUUUGUAGGUUAAUUGGCUUCUGUCCUUUGCCCCUAGUGUAUCGGAUGCAAAAGUGGGAUAACAUAAAAUUUGGAGUACAGGUCGGCGUGGACUCGGUGGGCCAGGCAGCCUGUUUCCAUGCUGUAUCUUUAAACCAAACUAAACUAAUUCAAACAUUUUGUGAGCAUAUUCAGCAAAUUCUGCAAGAGCUUCAAAAGAAAGAACAUAAUUACAUCUUCAGUUUGGCACGGUUUAGAACAUCAGAUUGGAUUUUCAUCAUUUUCAUGGGGUGGGCAGUUUGAGACUUGGCAGCAUUUCAACAAUAUUACCUGCUGGCCUCUGUUCAGGGAAACCUAACACCACCCCGGAACACCUUUGUGACCAUCGUGAUGUCUGGAUCUACCC